UCAUAUUGAACGGGGCCAUCAAUCGGACCACAUAUUGUCGAUCUUUAGGGAGUUUGAGUUUUGGGAUUUUCGCUGGAUCAAAAUCUGGAGGAUAGUAUUUCUGAGGAGAAAAACAGCGAAGUUGAUACAAUAUAAUAUGAGCCUAAUCUACAUUUAACCAUUCAAACAGUAAUUAUAAAGAGAAAGUGAGCAAUGGGGAAGCACCAUGGUCAGCGCCACGACUCUCCUCCUCGCGGCCACCUGCUGCUGCUCGUACCUGUGGCUCGUGCGCACAGAGGACUCGUCUCUAGAAACGCGCUCCUUGGACUACACGAUAAAAGCUCAACAAGAGAAAGACUUGAUCGAUGCUUUACAAGAAGUUUUGGAGAAGCUGCGGAGCAAAGAAAUGCCAUCGGAGAAAAAACUUGGUUGGCUGCCAUCAUGUGACGCUGGGGAGCCAUGCGCUGUGCGUAAAGGCGCACGGAUUGGCACACUGUGCAGCUGCCCGCGGGGUACUGCGUGUAACUUCUAUGUUCUCAAAUGUUUGUGAUGAAAAGGAUAAGUCAUAUUCACAUUUAUUUGUUAAGAAAAAGAUGAGGUUACUUCAUUUUUGUGAGACA